UGCACCCUGCGCACACCCAUCAUUUGAAUUUGUAGGAAGCAGCAUGAGAGAAGAUAGCUCUCAAAGUGAAUUUGAUUUUGUGGAAGAUAAACAAGGAGCAAGUUUAAGGUGUUGAGGAUUCUGUGACACCCAACAGAUACCCCUGCUACCCCCAAAAUUAUUAUCUUCAGGCAUAGAAAAGGCUGUCUUAUCACCGUUCUACUCUGCCUCACUAUCUUUGUGUUACAUACUGGACACACUGGGCAGCUAUUCUCCAAGUCACUUGUUGAUUUGGCAAAAAUUGCCCUUCGGCUGCUGGGCGUGAAAAUCUUUCCAAGUCAUUGUGCAUGUAGCAAAAGUAUGACUCAGCCGGAUGAUGACCUCUGGUUUCAGAAGCGCUUCAUCAGGUCUAUCAAACCAUUUCUGACCAGAGAGAACAAGACACUUAAUGAAGAUACUAGAGCUUGGUGGCAGAAUGAACAUGGCUCCUACCUUUAGCUAUGAGGAGGAUGUAGGAAGCCGGACCACACAUCAAGUCAUGUACCCAGAGAGUGCUAUAGAUCUGGACAACACCACCAGGUUCCUGCUGAUUCCUUUCAAGACUCUGGACCUUCAGUGGCUACCUGGCGCCAUCACCAAUGGAUCUAACAUCACUUACUCAUAUUUACCUCUUAGACCAAAGAUAAAGGCCAACAAAGACUUGGCGAGUACCUUGUUGAUCAUGAUGUAUUUACUAUUAUUAUCAUCUAGUGGCCUUGCGGUUAGUGUCCGCCCUGAGAUUGGAAGGUUGGAAGUUCAAUCCUCGGCAGAGUCAUACCGAAGACACAAAAAAUGGGACCCAGUGCGUCUCUGCUUGGCACUCAGCUUUAAGGAGAUAAUUGAUAUAUACAUGUUAUGUAUAUUAUAUUCCACACAGGUCUUGGUUCUUAAUCCUGCAUUUAUGAAAUAUGUUCAUCAAGUCUGGCUUGACUAUCAAGGCAAAUAUCCCUCUACUGGAUUCAUGGCUUUAAUAUUAGCCAUACACAUUUGUGACGAGGUGAAUGUGUAUGGAUUUGGUAAAGACAAAGAUGGCCACUGGCACCACUACUGGGAAGCACUAACCAACAAAUGGCUCAAAACUGGAAUACAUGAUGGAAACUAUGAGUACAACGUUGUCAUGAAGCUCUCGGAAAAAUUCAAACUACAGAUAUAUUAAGUGAUUUUGAUGAUUCAUCAAGAUUAUUUAAUUCACAGCUGUAUGCUGCAAUAAUCUUUUGAACAAAGUCGUCAUCAAAUAGGUGUUAGCUUAUUGUCUACAUUGCACAGCAUUUACAUCUUAUUUUAACAGUUUAACCUUAUCCUUUUAUCUACACUACCAAUUUUGGUUUUGCAUGAACUUGAACCGAUUGUUUCCGUUUUAACUUAAAUUAAUCAGCAGUUAUUAGCCAUUAAAUCAAUUGGCUCCCUUGUAGUAAAAUAUUUAGAGUUGUACAUGAGUGAGGGUGGUUGUUUUUGAUGCCAUGGACAACUAGUUUUAUACUUUCUGAAACUCAUUUGGUUACUUACUUACCUGAAUGA